AUGAACUUUAUACCGCAACGCGCCAUUCCGUAUAUUGUUUUAGUAGGCGCUUUUUUGUACAAUCUUAAUAUUGGAAUAAUCAAUUCCUAUGGAAAUCUGAACAUUUAUUUGACAUCCUAUUUAAGGUACAAGGGAAAUAAUGUGACAUACAGAAGCGUAUCAUUUAUUUAUGAACUGGCAGUCAUAACGCUAGGAAUAUCUAUGCUAUUAGGAAAUUAUGUUCAAAAAAAAUUAGGAGAAAGAUUAACUAUAUUUAUAUCAUGCAUUGGGACCUUUAUAUCAUUUUAUCUAUCCUCAAUAUAUACGCAUUCUUAUUAUCUGUUAUGCUUAUUUAUGGGGGUAACAUAUGCAAUAGGGUAUGGUAUAUCAUUUACUAUUCCCUUGUCUUGUGCAUAUAAACACUUUACAAACAAUAGAGGAUUAAUAAGUGGCAUUGUUAUAUCCGCAAUUUCUUUAAGUCCAUUCUUAUACUGUCCAUUACAAACAUUAAUCAUAAAUAGAAAUAAUGUAUUACCAAUUCAAUAUGGAAGUGACUCAAAAGAAAUGUACUUUAAAGAUGUUAAUGUUUUAAAUAGAGUGCCAUAUGUUCUUUUUAUCCAAUCCAUUAUAUUUUUAAUAUUGGCAACUCUCGGAGGACUAAUGGCAACAAUGAGUGUACCAAAUGAUUCGAUCGAUAGUGAAAAUAUUGCAAUUUUAGAUAAAACAAAUCAAAAUGGAAAUUUUGUAGAUAGUAAUAUUCCUUGGGAUGUUGAAAAGGGAGAUAAUGGUGAAUCUGGUUUAUUCAACUUUUUUAGUAAUAUGCUACAUCAAAUAAAAAUAAGAAAAGGAAAUUAUUUUAAUAAAAAGUGUACGGAAGAUAUACUUUUUUUUCUUUUAUGGAUAUCUAUUGUUUUAUUUAACGGAUAUAUUAAUUAUAUAAUUAUGUAUUGGAAAAUAAUAGGAGUAACAUACACACAAGUUGAAGAUACUUUAAUUACACUUAAUGGAAGUUUAAUAAAUAGUAUGGCAAAUAUAGCAGGAAGAUUAUUAUGGGGAAUAAUAUAUGACAAAACGAGUAUGAACAUAACUAUAUUAUUACUUGGAUUUUUGAUUACAGGUGCAUGUUUUGCAUUACCUGCAGUUGCCCAUAUGUAUCCUUUAUAUGCAAUUUGCUGUGGGGUUUUUUAUUUUUGUAUUGGUGGAAGUCUAGUUACUAUACCUGUUAUUACUUUAAGAAAAUAUGGCGAAAAAUAUUUUUCUUUAAAUAUGUCGAUUUUAUAUACUUCAAGAAUAGCUAACACACUUGUAUGCAGUUUAGUUGUUAGAUAUUUAUAUCAAUGGCUUAAACUUCGAUGUUUAAGUUCAGCCUUUGGCGUCCUUUCUAUUAUUUCAACCAUCGUUCUGUUUGGAAUUACAGCCGAGUAG